AUGAACACUGGGGGCGACGAACUUAAAACAGACGACAGCGAGUCGAUUCACUCGAAAGGGCUACAGGAAGUGACCGACGUUCCUAUUGAUGUCAUCAUCAGGCCGUUUCCACCGGUUCUAGACGAAGAAAAAGUCCACAGUCUCGUCAAUACAAUAAAGGAUGGAGCAGACAUAAGUGUUGUUCCUCCCAUUGAUGUGCUUUGGAUAAAAGGCAGAGAAGGGGGUAAUUAUUUCUACUCUUUUGGAGGGUGUCAUCGAUUCGCUGCCUACCAACGGUUGAAAAUGCAGACCAUCCCUGCCAAGAUCGUCAAAUCCGACAUCUCUGACCUUAGGACUUACCUUGGAGCUUCCACUCCGGAUCUGCGAUAA